AUGCGGCCACUACCAGAAAUGGCAGCAGCGUCUGCAAACUUGAUCCAUCUUUCUCCACCACCCCCCCACGCAGCAACCUCAUGUAAUCCUCACGCUCAUGGAUGCAGGUGGUGGCCUUACUCCAAGUCUAAUGAUUUUGGAGCCAACACGGCUAUGAUCCUCAUUAUCCUACUCUGUGCACUCAUAUGCGCUCUUGUUCUCAACACAGCCAUUCGCUGCUUCUUACGUAGUGCCGCUCACCCGCCAGACCGCCUUCCGCAAACUCAACGAGAACUUGACGAUCACAGGAAACCUAACACUGAGGCAAGCGCGUCACCGUUGGUGGUGGCUCCAACAGUGGUAUAUUCAGCCGGGAUGAAGCUGGGUGGAGCAGAGGCUGACUGUGCCAUUUGCUUAUCGGAGUUCGUGGAGGGAGAAGGAAUUCGGGUUCUGGGGUCUUGUAAGCACGGCUUCCAUGUUCACUGUAUCGAACAGUGGUUGUCUUGUCAUCCCUCUUGUCCCACUUGUCGCCGCAGUUGUCUUGCGCCAGGUACUUCUGUCUGUUGGCCAGAAAAUGACCUCAACAACGCUUCCCAACCGCCACCGAACCAGAUAGCUCAAGACCAUAACACGAAUACUUCUACAAGAACCGUGUAACCUGUUACUUGAGCAAUGUUCUUCCCUUUCUCUUGUUUAAAUCAUUAAAUGUAGUUCAAGUUCUCUUC